AUGAUUGAUAAAGCAAAUACACAACAACAACUUAGUGAUAACAUUGCGACGAUAGGUGUCAUAGGUCUUGGUGUUUUCAUUACUGUCUUUACUGGCUCUAUGAUCUAUGGAUUACUAUUGUUUGGUACUGUUUUGUUCUAUACUUCAUAUUCAAAGAGAUUGGAAUCAACAACAACAACAUCAUCAUCAUCAUCAUCAUCAUCGGCAGCACCUUCAAAGUCAUCUGGUACACCAACAACUUUAAUAUCAAAUGUAGAAGAAAAACUUAAACAGAUGGUGUCAAGUGCUAAUGCUGCUAUUGCUAAUGCUAAUGCAUCUUCGACAUCAAAACAAACUACAUCGUCAUCGCCAAUGAAAGUUACUGCACAACUUAACAAAUCAUUACCACAAACACCACCAACCACGUCAACAUCAACAACUACAAGUCCAUCCACUACACCCAAUAAACCGUUGAGACAAGUACCAAAUCCUCCAGUUCCACCAAGACCAUCUACAACAACUGUCAGUGCAGAGUUGGCUCCACCUCUUCCACCAAGAAAACAACCCAUUGCCACAGAGGAAGAGGAAACCGCUCCACCACCUCCUCCACGUAGAUCGUCAGUUCCCCUUCCAAAUCCAUCACCUGUAUCAUCACCAGUCAAAGUUGUACCAAAGCCAGCAUCCACUCCAGCUACACCUUCAACACCGUCCACUCCAUCAACUCCAAACGUUGCUGUUACAGAUUCUCCAACUAAAUCAUCCCCAUUCAAACCAACAACAACAACAACUUCAUCCUCUUCAACACCAUCUUCAUCAUCACCAACAUCGGAAGGUAAAUCAUCUAAAGCAGCAGGAAUGUCAACACUUCGUGGACUCAUUGGAGGUGUCGUAAAGAAUAUUACAGGACCACAGAUAUCGUCGGAGGAGCGUGAAAAGAACAACCUCAAGCGUAAGAACAUUGCCGAUGAGAUUCUACAGACUGAGAAGGUGUACGUCGGUAAACUCAAGGUUAUUGUCGAAGUCUUUUACAUCCCAUUGAAGACUGCGGCAACUGAGAAUCCACAUCCUCCACUCACCAUCGAACAGGUACACUCUAUCUUCUCAGAGAUCGUAACCAUCUACAAUUACAACUCUCAUUUCCUCAAUUCACUACAAGACAGAAUUAGCAAAUCAACAAGCUCUUCAACAACAGUAUUAGGUGAUAUUUUCAUUUCAAUCACUGAUUUCCUAAAGACAUAUACUGUUUAUAUUAAUAACUAUUCGAAAUCGAUGGAGACUUUGGAAAGAGCGAAAAAGAAUCAAUCUCUAGUUAAUCUUUUGGAUAUAUUCUCUCAGAAUCCGGCAUGUGAUUGUUUGGGAUUGGAAUCAAUGUUGAUUAUGCCCGUUCAACGUAUUCCAAGAUACAUUUUGUUGUUGACCGAGCUCUCAAAGGUAACCGAUAAGAAUAGCUCUGACUUUGCACCACUGCAGAAAGCGUUGGAGAAGAUGAAGGUACUUGCCUCCGAUAUGAAUGAGAACAGACGUGAAGCGGAACUGCUCAACCGUAUGUACGAAAUACAGAAUACUCUCGAUGGCUAUCAUGACGGUGACUUUAUCUCACCCGCUAGAAAACUGAUUGCCGAAGCCAACUUUCAAGAGAGAUCCGUCAAGAACGGUAGUCCGAAACCAAGAGACAGCGUAUCAAAGAGCUCCAACGUUCAUUACAUCCUCUGUAAUGAUAUUCUUCUGAGAACCAAACAAAAAGGUAAAAAGCUACAACUCAAAGAAGUAAUCUCUGUAAAUAACAUUUCAUUUAAAGAUAUUCCAGAUGAACCAUUGGCAAUAGUAUCAUCUGAUGGUGAUAUAUUAUUAUUAAAAUCAGAAGAGGAUCCAAUAGAAGAGAAAUGGAAAGACUUAAUUAGAAAUCAACAAAAGAUUAAUAAGGAUAAUGAAAUCUCAUUAUUACAAUAA